AUGCCUGAAUUUUGCAAAACAAUAACGGCGGCAUGGAGGAUAGGUCAAAAACUAGGGGAGGUAAUGGAGGCUGAUAAAUUUGCCAUGAGAGGCAAGGAGGACCAGAUUAUGAAAAUAAGGGUUAAUAUGGAUGUGACCAAGACACUACGUCAAUCAAUAAAAGUAGCUAGUCCGGAUAAUGUAGUUUUUGAAAUUAUGCUGAAGUAUGAAAAAUUGGGGAUCUAUUGUAGUUUUUGCGGUUACAUCAGGCAUGAAACAAGGAACUGCGAAGAGUACCUGAAAUUGUCUGCCAAUCAGCAGGAGAUUAAAGAGAGAUGGAAUAGAGUGUUGAAAGCAGACCAGAUCGGGUGGAGAGUGGAAGAGCAAAAGGAGAACUCACACCCAAACCCACGUGGAAAGGAAACUGGAUUCUCUCAACCUCAUAAUAAACCUACACCAAUAAGCCUUCUAAAAAACCUUUCUAACCUAUCAUUCAAUGACCAUAACCCCAACCGUAUCCAUAAUCCACCAAAUUCUCAAAUACACCUAAACCAAACCAACAUUCUAAAACCAUCAGCUCAGUAUCAUAUCUCAAAUCCGCAGGAAAACCAAAACAUUAUUCCAUACACUAGAACAGAACCGGUGCCAGGAGGUAUGGAAGGUUUGAUACGGAUAGAAAAAGUAGGGGUGUUUCACGUAGGCAGCACAGAGAGAGGUAUUAAAAGAAGUAGUAAACGACCAAAAAUUAAACAUUUGGCGAGAAAUAUGGAAGUGACGGAGGUAGGGAGUAAGAUUGUUGGUGUUAAGCGAAAUUCGGAGCAACAAGAUGAGUUUUUGAACGAAGAAGACUCUAUUUCAUCCACUGAAUUUUAUUCUGAAGGGCUUCAGGGUGCCAUCUCAAAAGCGGCACCCCAAGCAUGGCAGAAAAAUUUGUCUACUAACUUGAAGAAAAAUAUUGCUGAAUUAAACUCAAAGCUGAAUGCAGAGAAGGAUAAAGGUGCAGGGGCUGACACUACUAUGAUUCGGGUCUUAGAGGUGAAACCAGAAGAUGAAUAUGAGAGGGAGAAAAGAUUCUGGAAAGAAAAGGCCAGGUUGCAGUGGGGUGAUAAGAACACAAAAUUCUUUCAUGCCAAAUUCCGUAUGCGGAGUAGCAAAAACAAGUUGCACAGGCUGGAAAGUGAUUCGGGUGAGGUUGGUACUAAUCCAGAACAAAUAGCUAGUAUUGCGCAGCAAUAUUUUAAAAACCUAUUUACUACUUCUAAACCAAAGGAGCCGACUGAGGAGCUGGAGGGGUUGACUAGAAGGGUAGAUAACAAUACCAAUCGAAGGCUAACUAGACCAGUCUCGGAUCAAGAAAUCAAAGAUGCAGUUUUUUCUAUUAAUCCUCUUGUAGCACCUGGAGAGGAUGGAUUCACUGCAAAAUUCUAUCAGUUUUUCUGGGACACUAUUAAAAGGGAUGUUCUUAAUGCUGUUCAUAGCUUCUUUGAGGGAGGGAAGAUGCUCAGAGCCUUCAAUCAUACACACAUAUGCUUAAUUCCUAAAGACUCCAACAUUAGCAAAAUGAACUAG